UAUGCUAAGAGAGUUAGCGUAAACAUGGCGGCUUCAGCGAGCGGCAGAAGGAGAGAAACAAGAAUACUUUCACAAAUAAAUUACCUCUCUAUUUGGUUCCUAGUUGUACUACUUUCUUGUUUGUCGGUGCUGCCUGUCGCGGCCAAGCGGGACAACCUAAGAGUGAUCACAGACGCGAACUGGGAGGAAAUCUUGACAGGAGAAUGGAUGAUUGAAUUUUUUGCUCCAUGGUGUCCAGCUUGCCAGCAGCUGCAGCCUGUGUGGAAUGAAUUUGCAGACUGGAGUGAGGACAUUGGGGUCAACAUUGCUAAAGUGGACGUAACUGAGCAGCCUGGUCUGAGUGGCAGGUUUAUCAUCACAGCGCUUCCAUCCAUAUACCACUGUAAAGAUGGAGUGUUUAGGCGGUACCAGGGCGCACGCACUAAAGAUGACUUCCUAACAUUCAUUGAAGAGAAGAAAUGGCAGAACAUUGAGCCAGUUUCCUCUUGGUUUGGCCCUUCCUCUUUCAUGAUGAAUAUGAUGUCUGCUCUCUUUAAGCUGUCCAUGUUCAUCAGGCAAUGCCAUGCCUACCUAACAGAGCAAGUCGGAAUUCCAGUCUGGGGUUCUUACAUAAUCUUCGGCUUAGUAACACUCUUAUCUGGACUCACCCUAGGACUGGUGCUGGUGUUUUUCGCCGAUUUUGUAUUUCCAUCACGCCGCUUUUCUUCUUCAGCCUAUUAUCAGAAAAAGCAUGCUAUGGAGCAGGCACGACUUCGACAGCAGUUGGAGGAAGAGCAGGAGGCGGAUGGGGAGGAAGAGGAGGAUGAAGAUGAAUAUGGUGGAAGUGCGGGGGAGUGGAGCAGAGAAGGUGCGAAAGAGGACACUGUGAGAAGGAGAGCAGUAGGAGUAGGUGAGGAAGAGGAGGACACCUAGAGACCUAGAGAGAAAAAAAUGUUAAUAACAACACCAGACCAACCAAAUCACUAUGGAAACGCACGCCAAAGCCAACAUGGCUGGCCUCUUAAUGACAUCAUGAAGAUGUCAGAGCUCUCAGUGUGUGUGUCCUGUAUGCCUCCCUUCAGUUCCUCAGUUCCACAUUCCUUUCCUUUUACGUAAGAAAGAAAGAAGGGAAGGAGUGGGAGUGAAAGAUGGGAGUAGAAGCGUCAGGCUGGGGCCAGGACAUCAAAAUGUACGAGUGUUUGUUUGUUUGUUUGUUUGUUUUUGACAUUAACGUUUUUUAAUUUGUCUGCCUAUCUUUCAGCUGAACUAAUUUACCUGCUUGCAAAGAGAUAUUUGUUAUAUUAAAAAAAAGCUAAGUUUUUGGAUUCAUUACCGUUUUUGUUGCAGUGUUAAUAUAUUAUUUAUCUACUUAGGUUUUAUGUCUGAUACUUCAUUGGGUUUUUCAUAUGAGAAAUUUGUUAGUAUUGUAUUCAUGUUAGCUUUUUUCAUGUUCUUUAAGAAUAACAUAUGCCAGAUAUUUUGUCAGUAUAUUUUUGCUUCUGUGGAAUUUUUACAAGUGCAUUGAGACCAGCUGAUGGCACUAAUGUAACUGUGAUGAACAUCGGUAUAUCCGUUUAGAGAUGUGUGAUGGUUCAUCAGCUAAAGCAUUAGUGUGCUAUUCUUCAGGAAAGAUCCCCCAUGCUGUUGUGUAACUGUUCAAAUAAAGUUGGUUGCUUCCCUGAUAUAAA